AUGGAUGCUUCAAUGGAGAUCAUCAACCAAAAACCAGUUCGUAUUUUGAUGUUUCCAUGGUUAGGACAUGGACACAUUUCUCCAUUUCUUGAGUUAGCCAAAAAGCUCAUAACAAGAAACUUCACCAUUUUCUUAUGCUCAACUCCUGGAAAUUUCAUUUCAAUCAAACAAAAGCUUAUUAACGAAAACUUAACGGAGAAAAUUCAUCUCGUCGAACUUCGACUUCCAUCUCUUUCCGAUCUUCCUCGUCAUUACCACACAACCAAUGGCCUCCCGCCCCAUCUCAUGUCCACACUUAAGAAGGCAUUCGCGAAGUCACGUCCAAUUUUCAGCCAAAUUCUCAAUACUGUUGAACCGGAUUUACUUCUAUAUGAUUUACUUCAGCCAUGGGCACCAAAGCUAGCAUUGGAAAAAAAUAUUCCAGCAGUUGUAUUUGUCACAAGUAGUGCAACCAUGUUUUCGUACAUGUUUCAUACUUUCAGGUACCCUAAUAUGGAAUUUCCCUUCUCGUCCUCUAUUUAUUAUCGUGAUUAUGAGUUGACACGUAUGCUGAAAAAUCAAGAUUUGGAGCCUAUUGAGCAACAACAAAAAGAUAAAACUAGUGUUAAGUUGUGUUUUAAGAGAUCUUUUGACAUUGUUUUGAUCAAGGGUUUUAAGGAAAUUGAUGGUAAAUAUUGUGAUUAUAUAUCUAGUUUAACUAAGAAGAAAAUCAUCCCCGUUGGUCCACUUGUUCAAGAAACAACAAGUGAAGAUGGCAACUCGCAAAUUUUAACAUGGUUGAAUCAGAAAGAAAAAGGGUCAACUGUUUUUGUUUCUUUUGGAAGUGAAUAUUUUCUAUCUCAAGAGGAUAGGGAAGAGAUUGCUCAUGGGCUAGAGCAAAGUAGGGUUAAUUUCAUAUGGGUUUUGAGGUUUCCAAAAGGUGAAAAACUCAAACUUGAACAAGCAUUACCACAAGGGUUUUUCAAGAAAGUAGGGGAAAGGGGAAUGGUAGUUGAAGAUUGGGCACCACAAGUAAAAAUAUUAGGAAACCCUAAUAUCGGAGGAUUUGUUAGUCAUUGUGGAUGGAAUUCUGUAAUGGAAAGUAUGAAACUCGGCGUUCCAAUAAUUGCUAUGCCCAUGCAUCUUGAUCAACCAUUGAAUGCUAGACUUGUGGAAGAAGUAGGGGUUGGUUUGGAAGUUGUUAGAGACAAACAUGGUAAACUUGAUAGUGAAAAAAUAGCUCAAGUUAUCAAUUUUGUUGUUUUGGAACAAAGGGGAGAAUCCAUUAGGGCAAAAGCAAGGAAAAUGAGUGAAACAAUAAGAGUCAAAGGAGAUGAAGAGAUUGAUGAAGUUGUCCAAGAAUUGUUGAAACUUUGCAAGAGAUCAAAUGUGGUCUAG